CAUCCCCUUUCUUCUACCGACUAGGGCGCGCACCGUCUUCUCCGACCGAACAGGCGCCCCAACCCAAACCCGGCCCCUGCGCCCGCGCCGCCGCCGCCGACGACGACAACAUCUCAUCGUUCUUCUUGGGCGCCUCAUCGGUAGCAUCCUCGAUCUACCCCGUCGUAUACAAGGGUGCAGGUGCUUCUCCAAAUCUCCAGAGCUUAGUCUGCUCGUCCCCCCGCUUGAUCUGUGGGAACCCAUCCGUACGACUGUACCACCACCGCUUGAUCUGUAGGAACCCAUCCGUACGACUGUACCACCAUUUUUUUCUGGGUAAGUCUUGAUUGACUCCACAUCUCUCCUAGCUGAAUCCAUCGGAGGAAUUUCUGCUUCCACGUAGUUCUUGUAUGCACCAUUCAUUGUCUUUGCUUCCCAUUUGAGUGUAUUAUCACUUAUUACUGUUGCCAUCCUUAUGACUGGAUAGUUGUUGGACACUUGGAUAUGGGAACAUACAGCCAUCUCUGGUCAAUUUCCAAGAGGAAUGUAAUGGCAGUUUUACUUGGCAUCACCAUUUCCGAUCGUUUUGUGACUUUCGUCUCUGUGACCGGUGAAUCGAUGCAUCCUACGUUCACAGCAGCAAACAAUGUCUUGCAGGGUGAUUUCGUUUUAGCAGAAAGGAGAUGCCUUGAGAAGUACGAGUUCUCACAUGGUGAUGUGGUUUUGUUCAAGUGUUGAGCCUGAUCGUUCCUUGUGUUUGUGAAGAGAUUGAUUGCGCUUCCUGGUGAGUGGGUACAGCUCCCUGGGUCCCUUAAGGUUACUGAGAUCCCAGAUGGGCAUUGCUGGGUUGAAGGUGAUAACGCUGCUCGUAGUUGGGAUUCUAGAGCAUUUGGCCCUAUUCCCUUAGGUCUAGUUGAGGGGAGGGUGACCCACAUCAUUUGGCCGCCCUCGAAGAUUAGCCAAGUGGAGAGAAAGAUGCCUGAAGGAAGAAUUUUGCCUGUUUGAUUUGACUCUACUAUAUUGGGUGAAAAUCCAUUUAUAACAUAAACCUGCUUUAUUACCAUUUAUUAUGUGAUAGAAGAAGUGUAGAUUGAAAUGUGAAGCUUACAAGGUUUGACAAAAGUUUUGUCUACAUUUCCUUCUGUUCACCAUGCUGCUGUUUUGUACUUUGUGUAAGAGGCUUGAUUUUUUACUCGAUCAAGUGGAAAUAUGGACCAUUUGUGUAUGUUCUGUAGAGGCGUAAAUACAUGGUAGUGAAUGAACAAAGUUCCUGUGAUUGCACUGGGGUAUUUGUAUUCUGAGGACUUGAAAAUUUCUUAAGAGUGGCUAUUGUUUCAGUUUCACA